AAAGUUAUCAGGAAGCAUGGCUACAAGAUUUUUUGUAACAAAGUUUCAUUUACAUCUACCACCAAAUAUUUCUUAUCAUGAAACACCUACCAUUCUUGGUAAUGUGCCCGAACUUGGCACUCGGAAAGACCCAAUCAUCAAGCUUCAUCAAGAAUCCACAACAUACUGGGUGUCAGAAGAAAUUAAAUUUCCUGUCAGUUAUGUUGAAGACAACAUUCAAAUCAGAUACAAAUAUGCAUUAAUUGGCAAAUCAUUUUUAUCAAGAAGAAGUGUUGAAUUUGAGGGUUUGGAUGAAACAGAUGAUCAAAUUCUAGAAAAUUUUACUGAAAACCAAUUUGAUGUUUGGAAUACUAGCAAUUCACAUAAAUUUUAUGAGGGAUUUAGAGAUUUUAGUUUCAUUAAAGUUAUACAUGGAUCUGUAACACAAGAAAAUUUUAAAAACCAAGUAAUGGAAUAUCAAAAACUACUAAAAAAAUAUCAUGAAUUGACUGUCACUUUUACUACGAUUGACUUUAUUAAGGAGUGUAUGCCAAUUAGUAAAGAAAAAGAAAAGAAACUUUUCUUGUGUGUUUUGCUUGGUUAUUUUAUUAAUGAGCAAAAAAACACUUCAAAAUUCAAUUUUUAUGAGUUGCCUAAUGACUUUGACUCAGGCACAUUAAUUGAUUCUUUGACAACUGUAUAUGAUAAUACUUUUCCAUCAAACACUAAUGAUAUUAUAAAACAAGCAGUUAAUCUUUUAAUCAGACAUAAUUUUAUCAAUGGUUCAUUUGAAUGGUGGAAAAUAUUUUCUGUUGCUGAUGUUGUUGAUCCAAAACAUGGCUUUCUUGAUGCUCUUGAUGUAAAAUAUAAAUCAAGAGAUUUGGAAUUGUUUCUUAAAAAUGUUGAGGAACAUGUCAAACCAUAUAUUGAUAAUAUUGAGGAUAUAGAUAUUUAUGUGAAGAUAGCUGAGCAUUUUUUACAAUUAUGUAAUGAUAUGCCAACUUUAUUAACAAUGUGGGAUAAUAUAAUUAUUCACAAAACAGACAGACUUCAACAAAUAUUCUUUGACAGUACCAAAAAUAAUCUUCCUCAGGACAACCCAUAUCAUUUGUAUCAACAAAUCGUAGCUCUUCCUGAAGAAAUGCAAAUUAAACAUUUUGGAAUAUUUUCUCAAAGAUGUUUAAGCAUGUUGAAAAAUUCAAGAAAACAAUGGGGAAUUGAGCAGAUUAAAUCUCUAGUGCUCCUUUUGAAACAAUUUAAAUGGGACAGAGAAGAAUUUCUUGAUGCACUUGAUAACAUCUCUAAAUCAACAGAUUUUAUCUUAUCUGAUAUUUAUCCUACAAUUGGUGUUAGGAUUGAUAUUUUUAAUUCAUUGGUAGAUUAUGCAGUCAAAAAAGUAAGUCAAUCAUCAGAAAAUGCUAUUUAUAAAGCAACAUGUUCAAUUGCUGAAUUUCCAGAACAAAUUUAUACAAGAUAUUUUCAUGUGGUGAUAAAAAACCUCAACAUUCCAAAUCAAUUAUGUGAACUUAUAAUGAUCUUUAUAAUGAAAAAAUUACAAGGUCAAAAUACUUUAAAUAUUUUACAUUAUAAACAAUCAAUUAAUGAUUUAGCAGAAUUAAUUUCAGAUGGAAAUAUUAAUUUCACAUUAUUGAAAAAAUUAAUUGUCAAUAAUGAUGAAAAUUUUAUUCGAUUUUUCAAUUCUGCAGUUUCUGAUAAAAAGUUUGGUUCA